AAAAAAAAAUGGGGAAGGUUUCUGGCCAUGGCGGUAGCGGCAAUUCCAGAAACAUUUGAGGAUCCAAAUUCCAAUUGGGCAUCAUCAAACCAAAGCUAGCUUUAUCUGAAAUUUGACGUAGACGAAGAGCCAGCACUCAGAGAGGAAGGAAAGAUGAGACCUUCAAUUUCAAAGCAGGGAACCGCAGACAAUAGUAAUAAGGGCCUCACCGGUCACACCUGCACCCUCCAUCAGCGUCUCAAUCAUGCUCUCAACCUCGGCACCAGAAUUAAUCACGACAAGGUGAAAAAAUGGCAGUGUGUCGAUAUGGAGAUACAAAGACAUGUGCUCCAGUCAAUAGCUUCAUUUCUCGAUUCUGUUUCUGGGGAUACGCGGCACCAUCCACUUGUGAAGGCUUCAGUUGCUGACAUUGUUGGCGCAUUGGUUUGGAUGCUUCAAUCUGACAAUGGAUCCAUGUUGAGGAUGGCAGCGGAUGUGACAGUAAAAUUAGUCAGUAUUUUCCCCAAAUCAGUACUGCAGCUUUAUGUGUUAGAGCUUGUUAAUCCUUUGUCAUCUUUGUUAUCUUCGCACCAAACAGAAGUUGCUAUUUUAUCUGCCACAGCAUUGAAUCUUAUUCUUUCAAACCUCAGUACCAAGAGUGAGAAAGAAGUUUGGGAAAUUCUUAGGAAAACAGAAAGUGUAUCUCAAGUUGUCAGUAACUUACGGUUUUUUCCUGGAUGUACAAAGACAUUGAAAUAUUUCCAACAGAUGGCUCUACUUUUGAGUACAAUACUAUGGUGGUGGCCGUCAUCCAGGUUUUCUGUUUGGAGUGAUACUAAACUGAUGAAUGGCUUAAAUGAAAUGUUAAAGCUAGAUAUUGAUGAAAAAGUUGCAGUUUUGAAGUUGUAUUCUUCUUUAGCUUUAUGUGGUAUUGGGGCCAAAAAAGUAUUGGAAAGUGGAGAGGUCCUCGGACAGAUGUUGCAAUGCAUGGACAACUUUCAUCCACACUCAGUUCGCAUUGAAGGAUUCAAGUUAGCCCAGUGCCUAGUGAUAAAUGAAGAAAUAUGCGUACAAAUGAUGAGCUUAGGUUGCAAACCUAUCAUCAAAGUCAUAAUUUCUGGAAUGAGUGAGUGGAACUCACAUUCUAGAAAGGUCAGCAAUGACCAGAUGUCUUUGCUAGAGGAGGCAUGUCGUUUGGCUCUGAUAACUCGUUGGGAAGGGGAGCAUCACAUUUAUAUGUGGAAACAAGGGAUUGACAAAAUCCUUCUUGAUCUUCUCCUUGAAAAUUUUCACAACCAACCAUACAAAUGUUCCAUGUCAUUGGAUGAGCAAAUGGUUAUUGCCAAGGAGGGUCUCAAUGCCAAUUAUCUUCUUGUUCUGAGGAGUUAUAUCUGGGAUAUUCUCGGAUGGCUUGCAAUACAUUGUGGGGAGGAUUUCAACCCUGAAAGGGAAAUCUAUAUUAACAUCCUCAUCACAUGUGCAUGUUUGACCUUUGUUGAUGCAAUUCAAAAGUGGCAUAAAAUAUAUGAAAAUGAUAUUGCUGGUGCCUUCAGACGUGAAUCGGCUACAAGGGCAGUUUCAAUGAUGAUUUAUUCACCCUGCAAAUACAUUGCGUCCAAGACCAGAUUCAUAUUGUCCGAAAUACUAGGACUAGAUGGAGGGGAAUAUUUGAAAACCUUACUGCGUUUCCUAAAUAAUUUGUCAUCUGGGAAUUAUUUUGGAGUUCCAGAUAAACUCCAAAUUAUUGUUUAUUUAAUGGGAUUAGCAUGCUAUUCAGCUUUGCCACAGUACCAAGUCUGGGGUAAAAAAUGUGUAAAAACAUUAUUGGCUUUUAUCAGGUGGUGCUUAACUAAUAAUUUCCAUUUAGAAAGAUCAAGCUUUGCUCCUCAUCUGCAUAAUCCAUUCCAUGAGAGGAUUUGCUGUUGGGUUUCUGCAGAAGACUGGGAAGGCAAAGACAUUCUUUUGUUUUACAGUUUGUGGGGGCUGGCUGAGUGGAUACAGCAUUGGGGAUGCUUAGGAAAUAACCUAGACAAAACUUCUGGUGAGAUGAGAAAUAUAGAAGGUCAACUUGUUAGUGAACUUCAGGAUAUCUGUAACAACAGUUGUACUCCUGGAGUGCAAUGUUAUGCUGCAUAUGUUCUUAGUUAUUUUGGAUAUUAUGGUUUUCCAAAUAAACUUGGGAAAAAAAUUGGCAAGGCACUUACUGAGAAGGAUUAUGCUGAUAUACAACUCAUUCUUGCAAAUGGAGAGUGUUUGAGGGUCCAUGGUGUUGUGCUUGCAACUCAAUGUCCGUCAUUGUUGCCUUCUGAACUGCUGCUUCCCAGCGAGGUAACAUGUGAGGAAUCUUCGGUGACAUGCUCUAUGGAAAUUUGUAAAAAGUUCUGUAAAGACAUAAGGUUAUCUGCUCAUGUUGAUCACCAAGCGUUGGUUGUGUUGUUGGAAUAUAUCUACUUGGGAUAUCUACAAGCAGGACAAGAACUUGUAAAGAAGUUGAGGACUCUUGCCAAACGUUGUAAUCUAGUGUCUUUGUUACGGAUGCUUUAUAGGAAACGUCCCAAGUGGGGCUCUGCUCACCCCAGCCUUGAUCUUAGUGCGGCUCUUCAUCCGUCUGGGUGUCAUUUCUCAGAUGUCAUCUUAGAAGCUAAGACAACUGAGCUUUUGGGCUGGACAUGUGGUAUUUGCUCUCGCUUGGUGCCACAUAUGCACAUUCACAAAGUUAUAUUGUCAUCAAGUUGUGAUUAUUUGCGGGCCUUGUUACAGUCAGGAAUGCAAGAGAGCCAUUCACAAACCAUAAAGAGCUCUAUUAGUUGGGAAGCAAUGGUUAAACUAGUCAACUGCUUCUAUUGUGGUACGCUGCCAAAGCCACCCUCUGGAUGUUUAUGGGAUAAUAUGGACACCGAAGAAAAGUUACAUGAGCUGCAGCCAUAUGUAGAGCUCUGUUGGCUUUCUGAGUUCUGGCUCAUGGAAGAUAUUCAAACAGCAUGCUUCGAUGUGAUCAUAUCAACUCUCGGUUCUGCCAAAGAGUUGUCUAUUAAGAUACUUCAAAUUGCUGCCAAUUUUUCUCUGUGGAAGUUGGCCGAAGUUGCAGCAACUUAUGCAGCCCCUUUAUAUCGCCAACUGUGUGAUUCUGGUGAACUUGACGCACUUGAUGAAGUGCUGGUUGAGAUGAUUCGUGUAGCCUCUGUUCAUCUCUCUCAACAGGGUGGUAAUCAAUGUUGAUUUUAUUUCUACGUAGAUGAUUGAAAAUAUAUGAAAAUGUGAACUAGACUACUUUUGGAGAGUUUGUUUUGCAACCAAAUGCUAAUUCUGCCAAUUUUCUGAUGCUCUCUUUUCAAAAAAGAUUUUGUAGAUUUAGAGCAUGGGCACCGUCUCUUUUUGACGUAAGAGGUUGUUCCUUUGCACUAGGGAAGAAGCGUGGCUGUAGAGGAUGGAUCUCCAUAGUAGGAACUUCACCAUUCAGCCGUGAUUAUUUUCCAGUCGCUCUUCCAAGCAUUAUCAUUGCUCUUGAAGGGAAAUUAGUUUAGCUCGAGUCAAAUUGCAGCUCUCAGGAAUCCAGAUUCCUGACCAUCAUUUUUUGGCAGGUGUCAUCACUGCUUUUGAAGUGAAAUUAGCGUAGCUCGAGUAGGAUUGCAGCUCUCCGGAAUCAGAAUCAUGACUAUCAUUUCUUGGCAGGAGGGCAAGCCUUGGCGCAAUGGAAAGUCAACUCCUUUGUCACCAAAAGGUCAGGGGUUUGUUGUGGAAACAGCCUCUUUGCAAAGCAAGGGUAUAGCUGCGUACGGUAGACAUUUCUCCCAUGACCGUCACUAAGCAAGGAGCCUGGUUGGUUUGGGGUUGCUCCUUAUGCUUUCAUUUAAAGCAUUAGAUCCAGUUUGAUAAAGUUCUUUGAUUUUUGACGCUCGCAUAUCCCCCGUGCUCCCAAAUCUCCCAUAUCUGUGCUUCAUAGUCAGGGUGGGGAAUGGAAAACAGAUGGCGUACAGAUUGAUCCUAAUGGAAUGGAAAAACUUUGGGAAGGGAAGUCUUCACCAUCAUGACAGGAGCGAAGGAAGAAAAUAUAGGAAAGAGGAAGAAGUAGGACUGAACCUGGCCUGAUGCCGUACUAACUUGAAAAUAUGGCAAGAGUACAAAUUGCAGAAUGGGCAAACAAUCAGUCAGCAGCCAGGAAAUCAAAUGGCAGGGGAGACACAAAUGAGGAGUUGAGCAGGUCUGGAUGCACAAAGCCAAAUCUUCCAAGAACUUGAUUAUCUGCAAAAUUUAAAGCCCUCUGCAUCCCAUUCCAACAAGCUUCCCAAGUGUAGGCAGAGCUGUGUGCCCGUUGCAUGGUUGACACCCAGUGAAGUGCGUGGUAAAAGGCCUUCUGAGAUCAUCUUCCCAGUAUCCCUUAUCCUUCACAUGUUGGUCUCUCAUAGUUCCAUAGAACUGGCUCACUUUCUCCGCAUGUCUCCUCCUUAACAUGUCCACCUCUCUUUCGAUCUCCAUGUAUCGUUUGGUAAUGGUGUCAAGACCAUCCACUAUUAACAACCAGUAUCCGUGUUGGUGGUAAUCAUCUUCCACGUAAGUCUUGUUUGCCCAUCUUUCUUGCUGUGUUAUUAGAAGAUAAAUCAGACCCGAUUGAUCAUCUGAAUUUGAAAUUUGCUUGCCUUUGAUCAAUGAAUUUUGCAUCUGCGCCCAUCUUUCGUAGUCUGGGGUCUGUGGCCCUAUGGUGAUCCAUGCCUCUAUGAGGUUCAUGGACCACUGGCAGUUGCGUAUCAGGAACACUCCGGUGUUGAUACUCAUCCAGCUGUGCUUGUCAUAUAUCUCAUGCCACCACCCAUGCACAACUAGGUUGUGAUUUUUGUAUCUCUCUAGUGGGAGAUUGAAGUCCAUGUCUGUGACAAUCGCAUUUGAGUCCACCCACCACAUCCACUCCGCCUCAGGAUGAGCCAGCAUGGCAGCACGGAGAGUUGGUAAUUUGGCCCAGGCGCCAGUCACUUUUGGAUGGAAUGCCAGAUUGUUGUAGAAGAUUUCAUAGCCGUGGAGUCUGCAAUAGUCUACUUUGUUCUUGAAAAACCGAAGCAGCAAAUGAUCACCAACUGGGUUACUGCAUGCUGUGCUCUGAGACCCCAUCACAAGAAGAACCCGAUCACUUACACUAGCGGAGAAAGGACAGUGAUGCAGCAGCCACUUCUUGC